CCACCUAUUUGUGUGUCCCAGGGCCCCUUCACACGCCUCAUGCGCAGAACCUCCAAGGGCUCUCCCCUCAAAGCACAGGUGGAGGGGCUGCUGGCCGCGCUGGGCGCCGCCGCUGGGGAGCACGCCGGGCGGCUCAGGGCCCUGCUCGGGGUGCCCGAGGGCCGCGGCCUCGAGUGCUGCGCGUGGGUGCGGAUCGAGAGGCAAGGCCGCUCGUACGACGUGAGGCUCGAGCAGCAGCAGCUUGCUGUCCGCUGCUCGCUGCUGCUGCACGAGUACGUGGACACGGUGGCGGCCCGCCUGCCCGCGCUGGCGGAGGAGCGCGCCGCGGCCCUGCCCGCCGCGGCGCUCGUGGAGGACUGCGACGAGGAGCGCUUCGGGCUCCUCGAGCGGCUGCAGAGGCUGCGGCUGGCGCGGGCCCGACUGCGCGAGGCCUUCCAGGAGGACGCCUCGCAGCUGGAGGA